AUGGAGUCUUCUACAGAGUCCAGAAAACUCGGCACAGGAUGCCCUUUGUGCGCCAAGACAGACAAUCUACGCCGUUGCUCAGGAUGCAAAAUCCUUCAAUACUGUGGUCAAGACCACCAACGUGAGCACUGGCCAAAGCAUAAAUCGGCCUGCAGUGGUGUUCGGCGCGCUCGUAAAUCACUGGAAGAUGCUAAAGAAGCUCUGAUCAACCACCUAGAUUUCAAGGACGACGAUCCUUUUGUGAAUCACGUUGGCCGUUUCUGGAAACUCGAUGGGACCCGCCCUUAUAUGAUGGGAUUGUCGAAGUUGACCCAGGUGAUCGGUGAAAUCGAGCAUGUGGACGCCGUGCAGGCUGAAUUAGACAUCUACAUGGAGAUGCUACGUCUCUGUCCAGGUGAUAAUAUGGGCGUCCGUGGGUCAGUCCCAGGUACGAUGUUACGUUUAAACAAAGAUCAGGAGUGCUAUGACUUCAUCAAAUGGUUUGAAACGAAUGAUGACUAUGACGGCAAAUUCCUCAACCUCAAGAACGCGGACAUCUUUGAACCCGUCGACUUCGUUCGCAAGCAACCCGUGGGUGAUCUUUCACGCCCACUUUGCUUGAUUCUACUGAAAAUCAAGCUUUUGAUUGACAUGCUCAAGCUGAGGAACGGCGAGGCUGGAAUCGAUCGACUGAAAGGCGAGCUUGCCAGAGACGGGAAAUCCCUUCCGGUUGAGCUUUUCAAUGCAUUUUCCAAGGAUGCCCGAGCCAAAAGUGUAACCAGCCCAGCUAUCCGUGCUCGAGACGACAUCAUGAAUGGUCAGGGAUUUUCAGAAAAGAUCUACGGACUCAAGGAUCAAAUCGACAAACUGUACGAUAUGAUUGAUGCACAGAACAAGCAUAUGUGGCCAGCCAUGGAUGACCCUGCGGAAGCAUUCAAACGUGAAAUGACUGGUAUGUUCUCGAUGGGAUCGGAGGAUGAGAUGCGGAUUGCGUUGAAUGAGACUUAUCUUGCCUGGCUUGAAGUUCCCGGUGCAACCGAAUUCAUCCAAUUUAAAAUCCAUGGAAAGGUGGACGAACUUCUGUGA